ACAGCAUGGCGGAAUACAUAGACUACAGCGGUGCGGCGGGCGAUGAUGUACCAGAGCUCUCGGACAGUGAUGAUGAGGAACAGUGGCAGUGUAUGGAGGAGUGCGCUGAAUCUCUAGCGAUCUCAUGUCUCUUCUGCGACAGGUCCUUUAACUCGGUCUCCGACACUUUAGGGCACUGUAAAGCAGAGCAUGGUGUAGACAUUCCCGAACUAGUAAGGAAACACAGACUCGAUGAUUAUGGAUUCAUAAAGAUGAUAAACUACAUUCGAACAGUAAAAUGCACAGGGCAGAGUUUGUCACAACUUUCAGAAAGCUCCCAGCCGUGGGACAAGGAUGAGUACAUGAGGCCGGUUCUCCCAGAUGACCCUCUACUGCAGAUAGAUGUGGAGGAGUUGUGUGGGGCAGAGGUGACACAGAUGGGCACGUCUUGCAGUGACCAGACAGCAGUCCUGCUCCACAGGGCCCGGCAGGCUGAGGAAAGAGCCCAGCAGGCAGAGGACGCCCUGGCUAGGGCCAUGGAGGACCUGCACAAGCUCAGGGUGCUGGCGCAGGGACUGGUGUUGAAUGCGGACACCAGCCGCGGGCCCCCGGCAGCAGGGGCCAUAGCUGAACUGAGAGAGGAUGAAGAUGAAGCCUACUUCAGCUCUUAUGGACACUACAGCAUCCAUGAGGAGAUGCUCAAGGACAAGGUGCGCACAGAGAGCUACAGAGACUUCAUGUACUCUAACCAGGACGUCUUCAAGGACAAGGUGGUGCUUGAUGUUGGUUGCGGAACGGGAAUCCUCUCCAUGUUCGCUGCCAGGUCAGGGGCCAAGAGGGUCAUUGGUGUGGACCAAUCAGAAAUCAUCUAUCAGGCUAUGGACAUCGUCAGAUCGAACAAUCUUGAAGACACCAUUACUCUAAUCAAAGGGAGGAUAGAGGAGGUGAAUCUACCUGUUGAAAAAGUGGACAUCAUCAUCUCAGAGUGGAUGGGUUAUUUUCUUCUGUUUGAAUCAAUGUUGGAUUCUGUCCUGCACGCAAGGGAUCUGUACCUGGCAGAGGGAGGCACAGUAUACCCUGACCUCUGCACCAUCAGCCUGGCAGCGGUUGGCGACACCCAGAAGCACAGUGAGCGCAUUGUGUUUUGGGAUGAUGUGUAUGGUUUUAAGAUGGCGUGUAUGAAGAAGGCUGUGGUACCUGAGGCGGUGGUGGAAGUACUGAAGCCCGAAACGGUCAUCUCAGAACCUGCUAUCAUUCAGACAAUUGACUGUAACACAGUGUGCCUCUCUGAGCUGGAGUUUACUGCAGACUUCACCCUGAAAAUAACAAGCAACACACACUGCACGGCUGUUGUGGGAUAUUUUGACAUUUUCUUCGACAAGGGCUGUGAAAACAAGGUGAUGUUUUCCACUGGUCCACACUGUACUAAGACCCACUGGAAACAGACAGUAUUCCUGCUAGAGGACCCCAUCCCUGUACAUGCAGGUGAGGAGCUGCCAGGGCAGAUCACAGUUCGUAAGAACAAGAAGGACCCCCGAUCAUUGCUCGUAACCCUUGCCGUCGCAGACAGGAAACAGUCCUACAGCGUUCAGUGAAGACACACCUCUAAAAUGGAUCAAAUGGGACAAACAAAGACAUCAUCGUUUCAGCCUCAUUCAAAGCAUCAUGCUCUGAAGCUGAAAAACACUCAUGAAAUGUUUUCAGUAAUCAUGUAAUUGUUUUAUUGGAUCAUCCA